AUGGAGAUCCAGUACCGCGACAGCCUCCCCGAUGAUGUCCGCUCCGGCUUCAACAAAGCUGUAGAAGCCCUACCGCAAGAGCAUCUCCGCGCUCCUGUUACCGGUGACGAAGUGAACAGCCCCGAGGAAGCCCUUCACUGGUUCCAAAACUAUGCAUUCACCCAGGGUUUCGCUCUGGUCACUGCCAGCAAGGUACGCGACCGCCUGCGAGUGAAUUGUAUCCAUCACGAGCGGGCUGCGGCAGUCGAUCUGGCCCUCGCGCAUCGGACUGCCGGCCUGUCAGCAACUGAAUCAACCCGGAUUCUCGACCAACACGGCUUAGGCAACUGUCUUUCUGCAAAGGAGUUCUACAACCUGAGCCGGUCUGAAGGAGACGCAGCAUUCGAGGACUUCCGUGUUCGUUGCUUCUUCAAAUACCUUCUUGACGACCAAGGACGACAGACAGCGCGAGUACUCGAGCAUCUGUUCUUCUGUUCUUCCGAGCAGAUCCGCCUGGGUAGAAGAUUCGUCAGCGGAUUCCUCAUGCAAACCGAUGCGACGUUCAACACCAAUUGCCUCCACCUGCCUUUAUCUGUCAUAGUGGGAAUCACAAACACAGGCAAGACAUUUCCUCUGGCUUUCGCCUUUAUAACAUCUGAAUCAGCUGAAGCCUUCGAAUUUGUGAAUGCUCAAUUGGCAGAACUGGUCUGGUACGAUUAG